UUGUGCGUUGCGUUUAUUCGGCGUUAAGCUUUCCCAUYGAACGGUCGCUCGCGAGUGUGAGUGAGUGAGUGUGAGUGUGUAUCGGUCUCAGCCAUACAGCCAUACAGCCAUACAGGCAGCCUGCCUAGCUACGGCCAGUUAGUUUCGCCGCGUUACGCAGCUGCGACAGUCAACAAAAGCGCUGCAUAAAAUCUGACUAUAUAGAUUUGAUUAUUGUUGUCGUUGUUUGUUGGCCGCGUCGAUCGUUUAAAUCACGCGACGCCCGCCCUCUGCACGUCGCCGUACCGCACCGUCCCGCUCUCUUCAAGUGUUGAUCCUCACAGCCGACUUCGCUCUGUGUUAGUCAAGAGCGAAUCAAGCAUUAGAGAUCAGCCAUGGAGCGCAUGAAUCUGUUCGCUUUGCUGGCCCUGCUGCUCUGCAUUUGUGCAGCAGCCAAGCCCGGCGUCUACUGCCCCGAGGACUGCAGCUGUUCCCUGUCGCAGCACACACACAAGCCCCUGCUGCACGCCAAGUGCAACAGCACGAAUGGCCUGAAGUUGACGGAUGGGCCGUUGCCCGCUACAAUACCCAUACAUUCCAUAGAUCUGUCCUAUUUGGGUCUGACGCGCGUGGGACAUGUGCUGGAUGGGCUGACCAAUUUGACCUCGGUGGAUCUGUCGCACAACGACCUGCAUGAGCUGGGUCACCUGAGUCGCCGCAUCAAGAGGCUGAACCUCAAGCACAAUCGCUUGACAUCUGCCAAAUUGUUGAAGCUGCCGCAGCAGCUGCAGGUGCUCAACUUGCAGCACAAUGACAUCACAACGCUGCCCAUCGAGCUGACACACUUGCAGCAUCUGCAGCAGCUGGAACUGGGUCACAACAAUAUCAAUUGCUCGUGCCGCACACUGGAGGUGCGCAACUGGCUGCAGGAGCGACAUGUGUAUAUGGAGAAGCCGGUCAUCUGUAGCCUGCCGGCGGAGGCGCAUGGCAAAUCCUGGCUGCAACUGAAGCAAUCGGACAUUUGCGAAAAGGAGCAACGCGGCUGGUAUGCCACAGAGGCCGAUGAGAACGAGCUGAUGAUGGGCGAUCAGCCGCUGCCCGAUUCCAACGAGGAGGAGGAAGAGGAACAGGAGCUGGGCAAAGACUAUCUGGUCAUCGCUGGCAAGAAACCGGUGAAGGCACCAGAGGCGCCACCGGUUGUGGAAAGUGAUGUCGAGGGCUCGGGCGAUUUGACUGAAAUGAAUAUGGAACUAGUUGCCGCUCAACAGGCAUCGGAGCAGGUGCCCGUCGUGGCUGCAGAGCCAAAGACGGAGCAAUUGGUGGGUCUGCCACAGCCCGACGAGUCCGAGAACGAGGAAGAGGAGGAAGGUUCCGGCAGCGGUGACGAUAUGCUGAUUAUACCACACAUUGCCACAGACCACGUUCAUUCGGAUGACUUUGAGCCGCCCGAAGAUUCUGAGUCGGAGCGUGACGAUAACGACGACAACUACGACAAUAAGCCAGUGGAGCAGCCGGAGCAGCCAUCGCCGGAUAUUUUCAAGAACAUUGGCAUCUUCGAGGAUGGUAAAAUAGAACAACCCGAAGAAGUUAGCGAGGAGACAAUUGUGCCGGCGGUGCAGACUAAACUGGAUACGGGUGCACCUACCGAUGUCGUCACAGACGGUCCUAUUGACUCGGACAAGACUUCGGAUGACAUACUGUCUGCCAAGAUCGGUAAGAAGGAUGACAGCAAUGCCAUCUACUUCCUGCUGGGCGUCAUUGGCCUUAUUGUGCUGGGACUCAUACUGUUCGUGGCCAUUAAGCGCUGCAAGUACAACAACAAUGCGGCGGCAAGAGAUGCGGAGGCACAGCGUCAGACCGAGCUGCUGGAUAUGGAUAAGAAGAACUUGGGUAAGCCCUUGGCACGCAACGGUCACGAACACUCGCCAUUGAUUGGCGAGAAGACGAAGCUGGAUGAGGCACAGAUUGUGAAUGGAUCGGGCAAGAAGCCGUACGAUAGCAAAGACGGUGCUGGACAGCAGCCGCUGCUCAAUGGCAAUGGAACAGCCAAUGGAGAUGCCAAGGAGGUGCCGACCAUCAAUGAGCCCGCUGGUGCAGAUGCAGCACCACAUGAAUACUAUCCAAUCACACCCCGUUAUCCCACACCACAGUCGCCGCGUGCCUCCAAAUAUGCGCAGCAUCCACAGUCCGGCGAUGCCAAUGAGCAGAACAACAACAACAACAAUGAGCCGGAUGGCUCCUAUUUGCCUUCCUCGCCAAAAUCUGGUCGCUACUCGCCUGUCUAUUCACCGGAGACUGGACGUGUCAAGAUCAAGCUGACGGAGACGCCCAAGCCGAAGACUCCGAUGCUGGUCACGCGCAGCAAAUCCAAUGCUGGCGAUAUUAUCACAACGCCCGUUAAGGGAGGCGGCGGCUAUUUGGAGCCGACGCAUCAGGCUAAUGCCAUUGUCUCGCACUGAGUUAGCCACGCCCCCAGAAAAGCAA